UGAUCGCAUGUAUAGUGUACAUGUUAGUCUGUGACCGAGUUUUGCUGGAUAAAAAGAAUAGUGUUCCAUUUUAUCGGUUAAACUGAAACUAGGUUAAACACCUCUGUACAAAAAAGGAACGUUGGCUUGAUGAAUGAAUGCUUCUUUAAAUUGGGAGUAUAAACAAUCAAAACACAAGUUCGCGUGUUAUUUGUGCUACAGCUUGUCUAAGGUCAAGGUGAAAGUAAAAUACAUGCUAUCGUUGUACUAUUUAUUAGCCUGGAAGCAGCUGUCAGCAUAACGCAAUUAUCGAGCAGUUUGGAUGUAAACUUUGUUAUAAUGGAAAACGAGAUCUAAGAUUGUAACGGGAAAAUAAAUUUUAAAUACACACAGUAGGAUAAACAAUUAUUGUUGACAUUCAUUUGAUAAGUACAAUACUGUACUUAAUCUGUGACAACCUAGUUACCUUUAAAAAAAAAGCAUCUGGAAAUAAAGGGCAUUCAUUUAUACCGUAACUGACAUUUACUUUCUGUUUGCUGUGCAUUGAGAUUGAGAGUAAUGGGCUAGCCGGUGUUGGACGAAACUGACCAAUGGCUGGACUGGAGAAGAAGAGGCUGAAGGAGGAUAAGGUGCGCGCCCGGAACUGGAAGCGCUGGGGGCCGUACCUCUCGGAGCGCCAGUGGGGCACCGUGCGUGAGGACUACUCCGAAAACGGAGACUGCUGGUCCCACUUUACGCAUGACCAAGCUAGGUCGCGGGCGUACCGAUGGGGGGAGGACGGGCUGCUGGGAGUCACGGACCGUCAGUGCCGCCUUUGUCUUGCGCUAGCCCUCUGGAAUGGCAAAGACCCCAUUCUAAAGGAGCGCCUGUACGGGCUCACGGGACACCAGGGCAACCACGGUGAGGACGUAAAGGAGCUGUACUAUUACCUUGACAACACACCCACCCACUCAUAUAUGAAGGCCCUCUACAAAUACCCGCAAGCGGAGUUCCCUUACGCAGAGCUGGAGACGGAGAACGCGCGUCGAGGCGUGCAAGACCUCGAGUAUGAAAUCCUUGAUACAGGUGUGUUCGACGACAGUCGUUACUUCGACGUGACAGCGGAGUACUGCAAGGCGGGCCCCAACGACAUACUCGGUCGGUACACGGUUGCCAACAGAGGGCCGGAGCGCGCCACCGUGCACGUCCUGCCACAACUCUGGUACCGGAACGUCUGGGACUGGGGAGAGGAUUGCGAGGCCUAUAUGGAGAUGAAACCAAUAUUACAAAAAGAAAAGAGUGGCAAAAUCAGGUGUGAAUGUUCAACUUUAGGUGCGGUGCAGGAGCGGUACCGACUUAACUCUAUGGACAGGUACGUGGAGGAGAUGGAGCCCCGACCCCGGGAUACGCUGCUCCUGCAGCACCAGACAUCCGCUAACGGGCAUGACGAAGGCGUGUUCCGGUUUGAGUUCGGUCCGGGUCAGGACGAUCAAGCUGUACCUGUUAUAUUCACCGAGAAUUCCACAAACUACGAGCGUCUGUACGGCGGGAAAAACAAGUCCAGACACGUGAAAGACGCAUUUCAUGACUACGUCAUACAUGACAUGCAGAAGAAGGUUAACCUGAAGUAUGGCACAAAGUGCGCGGGUCACUACGUACUUAACCUUGAACCCGGACAGGAAGUUGUGAUCAAAGUGAGGCUGUACCAGUGCCUAGAGGCGCCCCAGGGGGAUGCCUUCUCGGAAGAAAAUUUCGAUGACAUGUUCGAACAACGGAUACUGGAGGCAGACAUGUUCUAUGACCAGGUUAUUCCUACUAGAAAGAAGCAGGAAAGCAGGAUAGCCAGACAAGCAUACGCGGGACUCCUAUGGAGUAAACAGUUCUACUUCUAUAUUCUUAAAGAGUGGUUGCGUGGCGACAGCAACCAGCCGCCGCCCCCAGAUAGCCGGUUGCAGUGGGGCCGCAACCGAGAAUGGCAGCACCUCUUUAACAGGGACGUAAUCUCCAUGCCGGACAAGUGGGAAUAUCCGUGGUACGCCUCUUGGGACCUGGCAUUUCACAUGAUACCGAUGUCUCGGCUGGACAUACAGUUUGCGAAAUCUCAACUUGUCCUUCUUCUCAGGGAAUGGUACAUGCACCCAAAUGGGCAGAUACCAGCGUACGAGUUUGCGUUUGAUGACGUGAACCCUCCGGUGCAUGCGUACGCCGUCCUUAAGGUGUACAAGGCUUCUGGUCUCAAGGGCACGCGGGACGAACAGUUUCUCGCUAGAUGCUUCCACAAACUCGUCCUCAACUUCACCUGGUGGAUUAACAGAAAAGACGUUGAAGGAAAAAACAUAUUUUCAGGGGGGUUCCUAGGCUUAGAUAAUAUAGGUGUGUUCGAUAGAUCCAAACCACUUCCAACAGGCGGUUUCUUGGCGCAGGCCGAUGCCACCGCUUGGAUGGGAUUUUUCUGCACGAUCAUGCUAGAGAUCAGCCUCAUUCUGGCACACAGAGAGCCCAUUUACCAAGAUAUGGCCUCCAAGUUCUUCGAGCACUUCAUCGGCAUCAUGGAUGCAAUGAACAGCGUAGACGGCGUUGAGGACUGUAAAGGUUUAUGGGAUGAGACGGACGGCUUCUACUAUGACCACGUGCGCAACAACCAAUGUAGCCAGCCAGUGAAAAUCAAGUCAAUGGUAGGACUCGUUCCACUCUUCUGUUCGCUCGUGCUAAAGGACAGGGACUUCAAGCACCACCCGGGAUUCGCCAAGCGAACCAAAUGGUUCAUAGAAAAUAGGAAGGACCUCUCAAAGGGGAUAUCAUUCAUGACGCGGGGCACGCACCAGGAGGGAUCGCUGCUGCUCUCCGUCAUCAACAAGGAGAAGCUCGUCAAGAUCCUCAGUCACAUGCUGGACGAGGAGAAGUUCCUGUCGCCCUAUGGCAUCCGCUCUCUCUCAAAGGAGCACCAGUCCCACCCAUACGAGCUUCACGUUGGAGGCACGUACUACAGCGUGCAGUACGAGCCCGGGGAGUCAAAGACAAAACUAUUCGGCGGCAACAGCAACUGGCGGGGACCCAUCUGGCUGCCCAGUGAGAACUCUGACGUUUCUGAGUCAUGUUUUAUUUUUGAACUACCUUUUAAUCGAGAAUCUGGAGCGGCUCGACUACUUCUACGGGGACGAGUUGAAGGUGGAGUGUCCCACGGGGUCGGGUGUGACAAUGCGCCUGGGGGAAGUGGCACAGAACCUCGAGCGCCGCCUCGUCAACCUUUUCAUGCCGGACGCCAAGGGCCGGCGUCCUUGUCAUGGGAACGACGAGGUAUAUGCCAAAGAUCCACAUUUCAAGAAGCUGUGCCUGUUUUACGAGUAUUUUAACGGGGACACUGGCCGGGGCUGCGGUGCCAGUCACCAGACGGGAUGGACGUCGCUGGUAGCGAACAUUCUGGAACGGAACAUUGAUGUGGAGGAGGGCUACGACAGUGCCGACAGCCUCGACUAAAAGUUGUGGUUCCGGGCGGAGUCGACGGACCGGUUACCCACGCCGGGCCCUCAUUGUGAUGGUGGAGGAAGUUAACAUUAAAGUGUUGGGUCGCCUCGGCAACUUGUUUGACUAGGGGAUAAUUGAGCACGAGUUAUAAAGAGGACAUUUGCUUGCAAAGAGAAAACGGGCACCUGCUAGGCUGCUUUUACCGGCCAGUUGGAACACCACAGUGAAACCUUGACCCAAAAUUGGAAAGAAUAUAUGUAUGUACAGCCAGCUUUAUGUACUGGUGUUAUGAUGUAAUGUAAUACUGUAAUUCCUUGACGCUAAAUUUGUGCCAUAUUUGAAAUGUAUUUUAACAAAAAGUAUGAAUUCGGAUAUUUUAUAGCGGUAUUUUGCUUAACUUUGUGUGAUAUUCAACAAGUAUAAACAUGUUAUAUUUUUAUAAUUGUUUAUAUGUGAAAACAAAAGGUGGUGCCUUCAAAAACAAGUAUUACUUCUCAAUAUGUUUGUAUUAUUUUACAUGUAUGUGUUUGUGUAUGUUUGAUGUGAACGAAUAUAUUAUAAGAAAUAUAUAUGAAUCGUGAACCAUGAAGAUGCUGUUUAAGACAUGUAUGAGUGAUGUAUUUCAAACAUUUUGCAAUGUAAAACAUUUCAAUUUAUUACAGGUAAAUACAUAAAAGUUCAUUAUGUUAAUGUCAAGUCUUAUGUCAAAUAAUCAUGCACUAGGUGUAGUUCGAUAUGGCAUUACUUGAAAUGAUAUCUUUUCAGGCACGUAAGCAUUUCCUAUUUAAUAAAUUUCAAUUCACUUUAUAUAUAACAGCUUAAAUUGCCAUCGUUAGCUGCAUGAAUAUAAUAUUUGUUCGCUCAUUUAAGUGUGUCCGUUUGUGAAACAUUGGGCUCACUAAAAGUUGAAGGAUCUAACAUGCUUACAACCAUAUUUUAUUUUAUUUUUUAUUUUCAAAAGUGUUUAUGUUUAUAAAAUAAAACCAACACACGCUUCA